CCUUUCACUCCCAUCAUCUAUCUCACUUCACUCACCUCCGAUCUCCUUCUUCAUUCAAAUUAUCCACCAUGGACAACUGCCGUCGAACAACAGCUCCCUUCAAACCAUGGAAGAAAGGCCCCACCAGAGGCAAAGGAGGACCCCAGAACGCCGCCUGUGAGUUCCGCGGCGUCCGUCAAAGAACUUGGGGCAAAUGGGUGGCGGAAAUCAGAGAACCCAAGAAACGAACCAGACUAUGGUUGGGCUCUUUUGCUACAGCGGAAGAAGCUGCCAUGGCUUACGAUGAAGCUGCCAGAAGACUUUAUGGACCUGAUGCUUACCUCAACUUACCCCAUCUUCGAUCCAACUUCAAUCCUCUUAACAAAUCACACAAAUUCAAAUGGUUUUCUUCCAACAAGUUCAUGUCUAUCUUUCCAGCAACCGGUUUGCUUAAUCUUAAUGCGCAACCGAGUGUUCAUGUAAUCCAUCAGAGACUUGAAGAACUGAAGAGAACUCAGGUAUCGUCGUCUUCUUCAUCCAGCUCCAACAGUUCUUCGAUUGUUGAUCAGAUCAGCCAUGAUCAAGUUCAAGUUACUAGCGAGAAUUCGAAAACCCAUCUCAAAGAAAGCGUCCAGAAGCCUCAGAUCGAUCUCAAUGAGUUCCUUCAGCAACUCGGAGUGCUGAAAAAAGAUGAGCAAACGGAUAAAGUUACCAGUGACGAAAGUUAUUGUGGAUUUAAGGAGAUUGAAUUGUCAUCGUCUUCAAAAGCAGUUGUUGAAGAAUCAGAUUUGGGAGAGGAAGAUUUCAACUGGGAUGUGUUGAGUGAGAUACAUGGAUCUCAUGAUGAUUAUAAUAAUCAGAUUUUUGAUGUUCAUGAUCAUGAUCAGGAACUUGUUUUGCCGACCACUAUCUGGAAUUUUUGAAGAUCUUUCUCACUUUCAUAGAGCUUUAAUUCGGUGUAGUAUGAUGAAAUCUAUGGAUGUAGAAAUGGUUUCUUGAGAUGCAUGCAUGCUGGCUGCAUUAGGUAUUGGCUCUCGAUCGAUGCAUACAUGUACAUGCAUGGUGUUAUGCGUCAUGCAUGGGAGAUCAUGCUCAUGCAUGUCUUUAAAUUCAUGUCGUUGUAUAAGGCCAUAUAUAUUAUCGUUUUCGAUUAA